UGGAAUUCUCAGGGCCACCACUAGUUCGCGUGCACCGGCGCCCGAGAACGGUCACAUUUAUCGUGUUACUCGUCAGAGAAUUUUAUCGCUAUUUUCGUUCGAGCCGUUCUAUUGAUAAGUCAAACUACCCUUUCGUUUACUAGCCGGAGCACGAUUUUGGACGGUCUUAUUUAAAUUGGUGGACCGCGCUACUGGUAUCGGGAUACGGUCCGGGCUGAUGAGUGAAUUUACGAAAAGUGAGUGGAAAAAAGUUAGUGAGGGGGGCGCGAUGGAGACCUGCCAUAAACUGUACACAUGGGUCAACCAUACAGUUCUCAUGUUACUUUUCCAGAUAUUCUGGAAGGUCAGUCAAAUAUCGGACUAUUUGAAAGGGAGAUCUGUAGAGAAGCCAAAGAACGAGCUUCAGUUGACGUUCUCGCCGCUAACAAAGGAAAUGAAGUUCAAGAGGCACAUCAGAUCGAUGUCCGACGUCCAGAAUAGCACCCCACACAGACUGUCCUACCGCUCGCGGAGGGGCAGUAACCACAUCCUGCUAACGUACGACUCGGACACACGCACCAGAAGGACCGCCUCAAGGUUCCUAUUGACGGAUUCGUCUGACUCGAGCGACUACUGCGAAUCACCAAAAAAAUUGAUUUGCUUAGGUCAGAACAUUAUAAAGCAUUCGGAUUCCAUGAGAAUACUGUAAGGCGAUAGAUCUGAUUGAGGAGGCUGUGCAAUCUAGUUCGCUAGCUAGAUCGAUAUCACGUCAGGGAUAUUUUUUAGUAUUUGGACUAAAUAUGUUGUCGUUUACAUAAAAACGCACAAAAUAU